AACCUCCAUGUGCCAAGAAUAGACCAGCAGCCAGAAAAAAACCCACGCUGCUCAAAGAUCGAGGGACACUUCUGAAUCGACUGGAUGUGUCGCAGAACAAACAGGAAUUCUCAAGUUGAAGGUUUAGCAUUGUGGUGCACCGCACUGUUUUCUUUAACAAGCUGUUUCUGUUGGCAUGUGGUCUUAAAUCUUUGCUCUCGGCUGUUUUGCUGCCGUCAAAGAGCACGUGACAGUGAGAGCUGCAGCAGGGAAAAGCAGACGGGAGACGAGCCGGUGGACUAAACUUAUUGUUCUGUCCUCUUUUUUUCCAUUUCACUGGCUGUUUGGAAUUCUUCAGGAGACUUGUCUUCCCUUAUUUGGUGACUUUGUGAAUGUGUGAUUGGAGCAGUGGUUGUGUGAGAGGUGCUUUGCAUCUUUGGACAUUUGGAGUUUUAAUAAAUAACAUAUGGCACCAGGCAGUAUUAAAACUGUUAUAACGGGCUAAACUUGGUCAGUGAGAUGAAUCCUUUCAGGCAACAUUUUAUGAUACUAUUAGAGUGGAUAAACUUCUGGCUGAAAUAUGUUCUUACAAGACUUUGGGGAGAUUUUCCAGCAGUCAAAAGUCAGAUCGCAUCCCCAGGUAUCACAGAUACGGAAUCACUCAAAGCAGACUCAGAUGAGUGGAAAACCAAUGAGGCACUUCGCACAUAUCUCCCUGAAGAUGGAGAUGAAACCACUGUGAUAGUCCAAACUAGCACAUAUGCCUUCCAUGUGGACCUUGGGAGACUCUCGGAGUGCAGCGAGUACUUCCGAGCCUUGUCCCAGUCCAGAAUGAGAGAGACCUCGGAGAGCCUCGUCCACCUAGACCACGUGUCCUCCUCCGUCUUCCACAAUCUCCUUGAGUUCUCCUUCCAUAAUAAGUUUAAAGUCCCUCAGGAGGAGUUGUGCACACACAUCCAGGUCAGCAGCUAUCUCCUGGCCGAGGCCUUCCUCUCAAAGUGCCUGUCGGUCCUCGCAGAUGAACUCAACCCAGGUAACUGUUUGUCUUACCUGAGUCUGGCUCAGGAGAUCUGCUGUGUGGAGCUGAAGACGACUGUGUUCACCUAUUUGAGUAGAAACCUGCUGGAGCUGCCUCACCUCAUCAAGUGUCUGAAUGAUGCAGAGAAGAAAAAAGUCGUCCACCUGAGGAUACAAGGAGACCGACGUCUCUGCAGCCUCAGGAAAGAGAACCUGACUACUUGGAAAGACCCAGAAACGGAACAUGCCCGACACAUGUUCACCCUGAAAGGGUCGGAAGACAGCGGAGAUUGGUGUCCAGUUACAGAGCUUCCUUUCAGGGCUGAUAAGUGGUGCUUCACUACAGUGGUCCUGUAUAACUACCUGUAUGUAAUAGGAGGCUACCGGCAGCCUGUGAAGAGAGGAUGGGAGUUCAAGAUGGCUUCCUUCAGGUAUAAUCCCUUUACUCAUACGUGGGUCGCCACAGCUCCUCUGAUUAAGCGCAGAAGGCACUUCAGUGCAGUGGCCUGUGAAGGCUGUAUUUACGCCGUGGGAGGCUGGUACUUGGACUCGCUGGUGACCCCAGACUCCAGCACAGCUCUUUAUACAGCUGUGGAGCGCUAUGAUCCAUGGGAGGACACAUGGAGGUUUGUCUCCUCGCUGCCGCUCACUGACUUCCAGUUCACCGUGUCCCUGUCCCAUGAUGUGCCCCUUGUCACCAGCCUUGGACACUGUCUCUAUGUGUUGGGGAGCAUCCAGAGGACUGGAGAGAAACUGCUGCUGCAGUACAACACGAGGCAAGACUCCUGGUCUGAGCUGCUUCCCACCCUUACCAGAGCAGAUGCAGACCUCCCAACUCUUUACUUCCUGGGUGCCACCGACAGGCUGCUUGUGAUUGGUGGGAACAACUCAGAGAAUGUGGUGACAUCAUUCUGUUUGCGGUCUCAGAGAUGGGGGCAGGUGCACAUGGCAGAGAAAGUGGCAUUUGCAGGACAGGGGUCAGUUGUAGGUGACCAUGUCCUGCUGCCAAGUAUAGAGCACAACACUGUUGCAAGGAUGGAUCUCCAAACUCUCUCCCUCACAGUCCUUCCUCCUCUACCCAUCCCCACCCGCUACGAAGCUGUCUUUUAUCUUCACUUUUAAUGUUAUAGUUAGUUGUUUUUUUGCUUUACUGCACAUAUUUUGUGAUUGUUUUUGUGACUGCUUAAGUCUUUCUCAAACAUAAGGAGAUCAAUAGGUGGAUUAUCAUUAUAUCUUGUGUUUAAAGCUUAGUCCUUUGGCUUAAAGUGAAUUUGUAAGGGCAGAUUACAGUUUGACUUGUUAUUAUUAUUGAAUAUUGAGAACUUCAGAACUUGACUUCAAUAAAGUAUAAAAAAGAUAACUGCAGUAUAAAGUAUAAAGUGUAAAUUAUAAUUGCUUUUAACCAUGGUUCUGUUUGGACUUUAGAUCUUAUUAGACCACUUUAGAAAAUGGACUUGGUUCUGUACCUGUAUAUUCUGUAUAUAUACAGUAUAGUCUCUGCUUGUAAGAGAUUUUUAUUGGUUAAUAAGGGUAAUUCAUGAAUCUACAUAUGGUAUCCUGAAAUGUAAGACCCAAUCCAAGACUGGCGUAUAAUGUCUCCCUUUCUCUAUUCUUGAUGGCAUGAUUUAAACUCUGUGCUUUGCAAAAAUGUCACACAAGUAAGGCAACACAUUUCGUUUUCUAUCCUGUCCCAUUUUGUAAACCCUCUAAUCGAGGUAAAGUCAGGACACUUGAAUCUGCGGAUCAUAAUGUGACAUUUGCAUGCUGUUAUGCUUAUCACACCAUCACAUUAGCAUUACCACAGUUAAAUACUGCGUGCCACUCUCAUCGAAAAGGAAAACGUGAUAUUGCUCUCGGUUGCGUCCUCAUACAGCACUGCAGCAGAUUCAGUUACACAGCAGAGACCUCAAGGCACAUGGGGUUAGGCUCUGUCUAUGUU